AUGACCAGUGAAGAAGACGAAGAAAUUGAAAUGAUUAUGCAGCAAAAGUCUCGAUUCAGUCGUUACAGAUCUCGAGUUCGCGAAAAAAAUAACAUCGAUAUAAAUGAAGCUAUGUCUGUAGAUGAUGUCAGUGAUAUAGAAAUUGAUGAUAUUCAUAUUUCUGACCGACGAAAUGAUUCAUAUGUUGAGAAAGACCCAACAAUUCAUGAUAAUCAAUUUAACACAAAUGAAAGACAAUUUUUUAUUCCAAGAAUUAAUCGAUAUACAUCUGUUGACGAUUAUUUGUCUCAGAUUGAUAAUAACCUUUUAGACGUGUAUGAUAAUGAAGAUUUAGAUAAAAUUAAAUCUGAUGAUUUUUAUCGAUCUGAUGAGGACGAUGCAAAUUCAAAUGUAUUUGAAGCCGAUGUUGAUGAGUUUAUAUCAGGUGAAAAUAACAAUAAGCAGAAAACGUCACAAUUUCAGUCUAAUUCAUCUAAUCAGGAAACAAUGUGUGAUAGUUCACCUAAUGCUACUGAACUUUCGGUAAUGUUAAUUUUUCUUUGGAAAAGACAUUCAUUAAGUAAAGCAGCUAUGGAUGAUAUUUGUCGUAUUUUUAAUUUUUUCAAUAUUCCUAACAUGCCCAAGAAUUUUCGUGGUGUAGUAUCAAAUGUGAAGAAACAUAACAGUACAUUGUUUCAUGGAGUUAGUCAUGCUUCAGGAUCAAGAGUCUUUGUUUUAAAUGACAGCAUUCCUGUGAAACUUCGAAAUAAUGAAUUAUAUGACAAAUUCAUAACAAUGGUGGAUGAUAACCAUGAUGAAAAAGAUCCAUCAAAAGAUAAAGCACGCGGUCAUCGUGGUCCUUGUGCUUUACGUGAAUUACAAUAUUUUGAAAUAGGACAAAGCUUUUGUUAUGAUUCACUUCAUGGUCUUUAUCGUGGUGUUUUUGAAAUACCAUUCCGAAUUCAUCGUUCAGGUACUAAUCAGGUGGAUGAUUCGGCUGUAAUCUAUUCGGAUCAAUCCAAUACACUUCAUCUUGGUAUAAUUGUUGGUAUUGUAAAAUUAAAAACAACUGAUGAAAUUAUAUUUAUAAUUGACAAAGCAAACAUCAAUGGUUGUGAUUCUUUUAAACUGGAUAACAUAGAAUACAUUAAUGAUUUAUAUAUUGAUGCUACUCUUCCUAUGCCACGAGAGACUAUUUCUUUGAAAUUUGAAUUUAUCAAAAGAAAAGUUGCAUAUCGAAUUGAUGAGAAUUCGCGUUUGAUAUGUGGAUUUCAGAUAUUUCCUAAUGUUUUAGAAUCCACGUAAAUAUUUGUCUUUAACUCUUUACUGCGAUUUUAUUUCUUGUUCUAAAUAAAACAUUCACUCACCCUAUUUUUUUUCUCAUCGCUAUUAAAUAAUAAUAUGAAGUCGUUUAAAUUUGUCUUUGACAGAAGCAUGUUCAGAUUUUCAAAAAAAAAUUAUGAAAAUUUCUGUAAUAUCCUUUUCGGAAAUGUGAACACUGCUGGAUCUUGUUGAGGAAUCAGUUUAACGUAUAAAUACCUUCGUACAUGCUAUACAGAUGCUAAAAUAAGCCUGAUUUCUCCAAAUGAAAAUUCUCUGUUUUAAUUGUCAUGAAGUAGUAUGUCGGUAUGAACGCGUUAAAUCCUGUUAAAAAACAAGAUAUAACGAUUUAAAUUUCAACGUACUAAAACUAGUUACAGAACAAACAAAUAAAACGAGUUUUUUAUGCGAAAUUAUCGCGUUAAAAUGUAUCAACAAUUUAGAACGUGAAAUAACUUGUAAAAACUAUCACGAAAACGGAUAACAACGCGUAGAUUUUUUUCUUAAAAUGGAUUUUAACAAGUUCGUAUCAGAGCAACGCGUUUUAACGUA